UAUAAUUUUAUCUUCUUCACUCUACUCUUAAAUAAUGGUUUAAAUUUUUUCGUUAUUUGUAUUUUUUGUGGGUUUUGUUUAUCUCAAAAAGAGACGAACGAUCGAUAGGCAAUAAAUUAUCGCUCUUGCAGUCAGAAAAAGAAACCUGUACUGUCCCGUAGCACAGAGCUCCAACUAAAAUUCUAGACCUUUAUCUGGUUGAAAGGUAAUCAAAAUUUCAAUUGCAAGAUCUUUCUUUUACGGACACGAAAGGAAAUUAUGUAAAGAGUGAUAAUAGUUUAAUUCGCCAUAAAAAAUUUAUUUUCAGUUUUAACCAAGAAAAGUUGCUUCUAAUUUAGCCAAGUUUUAAGCACAGUAUAGCUGAAGCAUGGUUCUUGCACCAAGAAUUUACAUUGCUCACUCAUUAAAGUUUAUCUGGAACAAGAAAACUCAACAAGUUUAAGGUUGGCUCAAGUAAUAAUUAAAGCAGUUUUAAUAAGUCAGUUGUUAGUAAACAGUAACGUUGAUAGUAAAAUUAACCAUAAGAGUUUGUUGCAAAUGAAAGCAAACAUACUAAUUUAAUUUUCUUAAAUUCUCCUAUGUAAAAGAAUAAUAAUAAUCUUCUAACCGUCGCAUUUUCAUGGGGGAAGAAACCAGCGCAAUAUGGAGAGCAUUGGCAGCAAAAGCUCAGUAACACAAAUAUUUGAACAUGAUAGUGGUGGUCGAUUUAAAAUUCGUAAAAUAGAAGGCGAUGGCAAUUGUCUUUUUCGUUCUAUGUCUUACCUCAUUUUCGGAAAACAAAGAGAACACGAAUACUUGAGAGACCUAGUUGUUAGGUAUGUUACAGAACACUGGGAACAGUUUAGCGACUACAAUGUAGAUGAGGACAUGGACUCAUAUAAAAUCAGUAUGUGUUCAUUCGGUACUUACGGUGGUGAACUAGAAAUUGUCGCAUUUUCUAAAAUAUUCCAAACUCAACCAGUUGUAUAUUUCAAAAGUUCCCCUGAGCAAAACCCUCUUAUGUUUGGCACCCAUGGAGCUUUGUGCUUCUUUCUUUACAGUGGACCGAGUGAUAAUGGUCAUUAUGACGUAUUGAAGCCAUUAGAAACAAUAUGGUGUGAUGCUAAGACGUAUGAGCAAUCCGUUAAAAAAAUGAGAUCGAGAUGCAGAGACUCAUUCCUGGAGGAUUUGAAGUUCUAUAAAAACGAUUUGAAAUCUCUAUCUCGGGUUGGCUUUAAAAAAACUAGUGAUAUCAUGACCAAACAAUAUGAUCGUUUGACAAAAAUGGCAGCUCUAGAUGCUUUUGAUCUAACUAAAUUAUAGCACAAAACAAUAAUAUAGAAAAAUUACGUUUGUUCUCUGCUUUAUUUAUAUUCCAUUUCAUUUCUUUCGUUGCAUAAGUAAGAUGAUUUGACAUUAAUAUUACAUUGGCACGAUAAUUUAUGAAGCUCAGCUCAGCUUGUUUUAAAAUUUUUGAGAAAGUUUGGAAUGGAAUGUCAACCAAAACGACACAGUUAAAAAAUUUGUAGAAUUUGGCAGCGUUGUCGCACCCCAGAAGAUACAGAAAACGGUGCUCUUAACUCAAUUUCGGAAAAGGAUUUUUUUAAAAAAAAUAUUCCUUAAAUAGUGAUACUGGUGUAAUCUUAUGGAAAUGCUUUUUAUAUUUGCUAAAUAUUGAUUUGGGAAACAUG